AUGCCGCGCCCCGGCAAGAUCGUGACCAUGGCAUCUCAGACAAUAUCAUUUUCUCGCCAGUGUGAUAUCUUGCCCACCAAGAUACAAACAUCGUUGGCGAUUGUUCUCGGAAAAUAUACCAGCUCAAACGAAAUACAGCUUGGUAUCACGGAGAUCCCAGGCGGCCAUUCCAACGACCAUGAGGAAGCCAAAGUCACUGCGCAAAUCGACAUAUUGCCUUUCACUAUCCUGAUCAAUGAUCUUGAAACUGUCCCUGAAACGUUGCGCAGAGUACAUAACCAGCUUGAGCAACUAAAAUCCUCGGUUGGUCGUUCGUCACCUCAGAACAAUGAUUCCACUCAGAUGGCUACGACUGGUCGUAACCUCACCGCAGUGCUUAUCGAGCACAGUAACGCGGUUGAGUUCGCAAACUGUGGUAGUUCCGACGAAAAUUCCACACUAUCCUCUGCCUUGGACGUGCACGUCAUGCUGGAGGACUCCGAGAUGCAGAUUCUGCUGCGUUGUUCCGCCACGAGCUUCCUCAACGGAACCCUCGAGACUUUCUUAGAUGUUUGGCAGCACGUAUUCGAACAAGUGUGUGUGGACGACAGCCAGAUAUCUGUUGCGCAGUUGAAGUUUCUACCUCCAAGUCAUAUGGAGACUCUUCUCCGCUGGAAUGCAGAAAUUCCGGUCUCUGUCAAUAAGACUGUCCAUGAUCUUAUAAAGGCCAGGACUGCGCUGCAGCCCGAUGCUCUAGCGAUCUGCUCCUGGGACGGCAGCCUCACCUAUGGGCAACUUGACACCUUAUCCACAAGCCUUGCGCAUGAGCUCGUUAGACUCUAUGUUCAUCCCAAAGCCUUUGUCGCUUUGUGUCUUGAUAAGUCUGUAUGGCCUUCUGUAUCCAUGCUGGCUAUUCUCAAGGCCGGUGGUGCUUUUGUUCCGAUUGAUUCAAAGCACCCUGUCAAUCGAAAGAAAAGAAUUCUUGAGGACGCCGGUGCCUCAAUCGUUCUAACCGAUCCAAGAUAUGCUCACCACUUCGUCGAUAUGGAUAUCGAAGUCAUUCAAAUCGACACGGACCAUCUCCAGGCUCUCGCAGGUGCAGAAUGUACUACGUCUUUGCCGUUGGUAAAUCCGGCAGACCCCAUGUUAAUCGUGAACACAUCUGGCAGUACCGGCUAUCCCAAAAGCAUCGUCAUUCAACACAGUGGUGUGGCCAGUUCCAUUCCCGGCCUUGCUGAUCAGGGCAGCAUCACAUCUGAUUGUCGCAUAUUGCAGUUCUCUGCCUACUCAUUCGAUGGAUACAUCCAUGAGACUUUUACCACGCUAGCCUAUGGCGGGUGCGUCUGUGUACCCAGCGAAGAUGAAAGAGUCAACGAUCUUGCAGGCGCUAUUGUCAGGAUGGGCGUCAAUACGCUUAACCUGACACCUAGUGUCGCCCGAUUGUUAAGUCCUCAAGAUGUCCCUUGCGUAAAGGUCCUUUCGGUUGGUGGCGAAACCGUCCCAAAGGACCUACUGGAAAGCUGGGCAAACCACGUUGUCUUUACCAACGUAUAUGGACCCGCCGAGUGCAUUGUUGCAUGUAGUUACAAGAAGCCACUUCGACCUCAUGAUGGCCAGAAUAACAUCGGCAGACCUCUGAGCUCUGUACUUUGGGUCGUGGACCCCGAAGAUCACGAUGCUCUAUGCCCCAUUAGUUGCGAGGGAGAACUACUUGUUGGCGGGCCUGGCCUCGCAAUCGGCUACACUGACUCUCACUUAACGAAUGCAUCCUUCAUUGAGAGUCCACUCUGGGCUGCAGGAUUUCGCGAAAUAGGGCAGUAUACAAGAUUCUACAAGACCGGAGAUCUAGUCAAGUACAACUCCGACGGUGACCUACUUUACGUUAGUAGGAAAGACUCCCAGGUCAAGGUACAUGGCCAAAGACUGGAGUUGAGUGAGGUUGAGCAUCACUUGACUGCUUGUGAUUCUGUAGACAAGGCUGUUGUACACUUCCCAUCUGAGGGAGUUUACAAAAAACAACUUGUUGCUGUAAUCACUCUUGAAGGCCUAGGUAAAGUCACAGGCGGCAACGGAUCCCUGAAUCUUAUUACUGGUCCAACCAAGGAGACCGCAACGGCCAAAAUCCAGGAAAUCCGCGACAAUCUUUCAAAUACCCUGGCAUCAUAUAUGGUUCCACAGACUUGGAUUGCUGUAGGUUCAAUUCCCCUGACUACAAACGGCAAGCUAGACAAACUUCAAGUGAAGCAGUUUCUGAUUGAACAAGAUGUAUUUGUCAACUACAAUGUUAGUCAGGACCAGCAUGGGGAUUCUGCAAAUACCUUAACGGAGACCGAGAAGGCAUUACAAAUUUUAUGGUCAGAUGUCUUAGACCUUCCGACAGAGUCUAUCGCCGCAGGUAGUAAUUUCUUGGAGCUCGGUGGAAACUCCCUCAAAGCCAUGCGCCUGGUUGCUCUCGCUCGACGGAACAAGAUGCGUAUCACUUUGGCUAACAUCUUCAAGGAUCCAAGCCUGGCUACUAUGGCUUCACACGUUGACUCUGUCAAGACACGUGCGAAGAAUAAACGCGCACUUGGCCAUGCAGAGGACGAUGCAGAGCAAACAACGCAACCCUUUGAGUUGGUAGGCGGGGAAUUAACUGCCCGCGAUAUGUUCACAACUGAGUCUCAUCUACUUCAGCAUGAUCUAUCGUGGGCUGAUGUUCACGACAUGUAUCCAUGCACACCCCUACAAGCUGGUCUCAUCGCAUUAUCAGCGAAGUACCCGGGCUCGUAUACUCUACACAAUGUAUGGGAGAUAUCGCAGGAUAUCGACAUCAGCAGGUUCAAAGCUACAUGGAAGGCAUGUUGUCGUGACAUUGACAUUUUACGUACUAUGAUCAUCCCGUCAGCAGAAUUCGGACCCUGUCAGGUCGUCUUGAAGCCUGAUAGUAGUCGAAGGUCAAAUCUGUGGCAGCGAAAAGGCAAGGGCCACAGCUUGAAUAGUUAUCUCCAACGCGACUUGAGUGAUGCUAUUAGUUAUGGCAGCUUGCUUAACCGCUUUGCCUUCGUCCAAGACGAUAGGUAUUUUGUCUGGACAUGUCAUCAUUCUGCCUAUGACGCAGUUUCAAUGGUGCUCAUCCUACAAGCUGUCGAGAAGAAAUAUCGUGAAGGAAGCUCACGUGCUUCGAAGACACACGAAGUUGGCCCUUCAAUGGCGAACCUGAUUCGUCACAUCCACAGCACCGAUCCACAGGCUUCACAAGCAUGGUGGCAAUCAUACCUUCAGGGCGCCACACCAGCGAAGUUCCCUCAGAUUCUCGCUGCCCACGAGCCUCGGGCUGAUGCAAGGAUUCGAACUCAAGCCCCUCUAUUAAGGCCAUCAGACAACGACAGCAAGAGCGGUAUCGUAUCUGCAACAAUCGUUAGAGCAGCAUGGGCCUUGGUCCUAGGUCGUUACUCGGACACCAAAGAUAUUGUCUUUGGUGUGACGCUUGGUGGCCGAACAGCCGACAUUGCAGAUAUCGACAGGAUAGUUGGGCCUACUGCCACAACACUACCUGUACGAGUGCAAAUAAAUCCCGAGGAGACAGUACGUGGGUAUCUCGAGAGAGUACAAGCAGAGUCAACGACAAUGAUAGCCUUUGAGCAUGUUGGUAUUCCAAAGAUUGCGGCAAUUGGUCCUGAGUAUCGUGCCGUCUGCGAUUUCAACAGUUUGCUGGUCAUCCAAUCGCCUGGAACAAACGCAGUCGUAGAAUUGUUGGGUAUGCCAAGGUUGGAUAUCAGCGAUGAGGCUGCGACUGAAACAACACGUUCGGACGUCCCGUCUUAUGCUCUUAGCGUCGAUGCUGAGCUUGGCGACUCCUCGAUCAACAUAAAAGUUACAUACGACAGUCAGCUGAUCCCUGGACCCCAGAUCUCUCGAAUGGCAGAUCAAUUGGUGCAUGUGAUCGAACAGCUCUCCGCCGGAGCGGCCGGAAGUACAGGAGAGCGCAGAGUGGGACAUAUCGACCUUGUGACUGAACAGGACGUUUCUCAACUGGCUAUUUGGAACAAGGUCAUGCCCCCUGCUCGUGAUACAACUGUCACCGCUGAGAUGGCUCGGUGGGUAGCGCACGAUGCGACGGCGCCAGCAGUGUGUGCAUGGGAUGCAGAGCUCAACUACGGAGAAUUAGACAAGGCAGCGGACCGAAUGGCUCGUGUACUGACAGAAAUGGGUAUUGGCUCUAACAAUAUCGUACCCAUUUGCUUUGACAAAUCGGCAUGGGUUGUCGUGGCUGUCCUUGGUAUUUUACGUGCUGGAGGUGCCUACGUUGCGCUCGAUCCAUCACAUCCUCAGAAGCGGCUGGAGGGAAUCAUUGCGGAUGUUGAAGCAACUGUAAUCAUUGCUGCACCUCAGCAUACUGCCCGGUUCUCAACGCUGCCCAAUAUCCGUGUUGUGUCAUACACCGAAGCUUUCAUCGCCAGUCUUAUCGGAGUAGACACAGACAUCGAUAGCAACCUCCCUCAUCUAAACCUUUCUUCCCCAUCUCCAGCAAGCCCAGCUUUUAUUCUCUUCAGUUCCGGUACAACAGGGCGACCCAAGGGUAUUGUAGUAGAGCACAAUGGCGUUUGCACGAGUACACAUGCGUUUGGGUCUGCCUGGGGAGUUGGUCCCGGCACGCGAGUGUUCCAGUUUGCUGCGCUUAUCUUCGACGUCAGUGUUAGUGAUAUGCUAAUGUCGCUGACUCGAGGCGCCUGCGUGUGCAUCCCCUCAGAGCACGAACGUCUCAACAUCAUGGCUGGUGCCAUCCGCCGUCUGCGGGCCAAUUAUGCAUCUUUAACGCCGAGUGUAGCUUCACUGUUACGUCCGGCUGAUGUUCCAGAACUCAGAACACUGGUACUUGGUGGAGAGGCUCCCACUCGGGAAAACGUCCGCACCUGGGCCCCAUGCCUCAAUCUUAUCAUCUGCUACGGCCCAGCUGAGUGUUCUAUCACCUGCUCUGGUACCGAGCCGGCAACCCUAUCUUCCGAUCCUUCCAAUGUUGGCAAUGCAUUGGGUUGUCGCAUGUGGAUUGUCGAUCCAACAGAUCACAACCGCUUGGCCCCUGUCGGCUGUGUUGGUGAGAUUCUGGUUGAAGGCGCUAUCCUUGCUCGUGGGUAUCUCAAAGAUGCCGCGAAGACGACUGCCGCCUUUAUCGAGGAUCCUACUUUCAUCAAGCCCUUCAGCGGUGAUUCCCAACCACGCCGGUUCUACAAGACAGGAGACCUUGGCUACUACAGACCGGAGUUUGAUGGCUCUAUAGGCUUCACGGGUAGGAAGGAUACCCAGGUCAAGGUUCGUGGCCAAAGAGUCGAGCUUGGCGAGAUUGAACAUCACAUCUAUGCACGAACAGAAGUCCAGCAUGUUGUGGCGACGGUCCCUUCUACAGGCCCGCUCAAGAGCCGUCUUGUAUCGUUGCUCGUCAUGACGGACAAUGUCAUCCCUCAAAGCGAUGUUAACGACAGUGGGAGUAUCGCCGUCUCAUCCGGUCUAUCAAAUCAAGAGACGGUGUCGUUUGCUUCAAACAUUAGCGAUUAUCUUGCAGAUCGCCUACCACGGUACAUGAUCCCGGCAGUCUUUAUCUUUGUGACCGGGAUUCCCUUCAAUACUUCCGGCAAGCUUAACCGGAAGCAAGUACAGGCGUGGGUAGACAACAUGAACGAUGCUACAUACCAACUCAUCACCAAGGCUACCGAGAUUGAGUCUCCGGAUGCGCCCUUGCAACCAUCUGAGGAGCUUCUGCUACAGGUCUGUAGCAACGUUCUCAAAGUAGACCCUACAAAUAUCCGGUUGAGCCAAUCGUUCUUGUCGCUCGGAGGUGACUCCAUCACAGCCAUGCUGGUGGUGUCUCGUUGCAGGUCUGAAGGCAUGGCUGUCAGUGUCAAAGAUAUCUUGAGGUCCAAAACGCUACGUAAGUUGGCGUUACUUCUCAAACCGGCAGACGUACCUGUAGUGGCACCUGACUUGCAACUGAAAGAUCUCAACCAUGACACCACACUCCUUGUUGCCGCCUCUCAGGAUAGCCACGACUCAAGGGUCUGGCGCGCUGCUCAGGAAUAUCUCGGCCAUGUUGACCUAUCCGAAAUCGAGGCUGUGUAUCCGUGCACCCCAGUCCAAACUGGCAUGCUCAUGGCUCAUGCGUGCGACCAUCGGUAUUACGAAAUCAAAAACCUUAUGGAAGUGAAGAGUACAACCUCCAAUACCCCUGUCGAUGCAGACCUCCUCGAGCAGGCAUGGAGGGAUCUUGUGGAUCGACAGCCAGCGCUAAGAACCGUCUUCUUUGAGACUGCUUCGGAUAACAUCUUCCACCAAGCUGUCAUCAAAGGCCGCAACAAUACUCGGGUUCAACGUGUUGAGUUGAGUGAGAAUGGUGACGAGGAUAGCCUUAUCCAUGAUUUCUUCACACGCCAGACUAUUGACUACCAGACACCCACGCCAGCCAAUCGUCUCACUAUAGGCGUGACUUCUUCUGGUCGCGUUUUGGCGAAGAUAGAUAUCUUGCAUGCGCUAUCUGAUGGAACAACAUGGAAUCUUAUCUUCCAACAGAUGAGUCAAACCUAUGGAAACAAGCGAUUCACAAAAGAAUCUCCCGCGCCACUUUACUCAGAUUACGUCUCGUACUUAGCGUCCCAGCCCGUCGAAGUCGCCUUGGAGUACUGGCAAAAAUAUCUUGCGGGUGUUCGGCCUUGCAUGUUCCCGACUAUUCAAGAAGUUGAUAAAAGUAUCAAGGAAGUCAAUGGAUCCUCAAUACCGACAACACAUACUGCCUUUGUCUAUUUUCAUCGCGGGGCAGAGCUGCAAAGUCUUUGUGCUAAACAUGGCAUUACCGUCUCCAACAUGAUCCAGACAGUCUGGAGUAUCAUUCUGCGGUCCUUUGUAGGAUGUGAUGAAGUUUGCUUUGGUUAUGUCGUCUCAGGCCGCGAUGUGCCACUGGUGAAUGUUGAGCAGGCUAUUGGUACAUACAUCGGCCAACUUCCCUGUCGCAUUUCUAUACAGGAUAAAGAUUCGGUCUUGGAAGUUGCGCAGAAACUGCAAGAUGACUACUUCAAUGGUCUUUCCCACCAACACAUGUCCAUGGUCGAUCUGUAUCACUCCCUUCCAGGUGUCUCUGGUCAGCUUUUCAACACGAACGUGCACUACAUGAGGACUCCAAGUCAGGGGAAACAUGACCCUCCCAUGAUUCAGUUUGAGUACAAGCAUGGUAACGAUACUUCUGAGGCACGUUACGAUGUUACUGUACACGCCAUGGUUCAUGACGACGGUGUCAAAUUUCACUUGGGAUACUGGGAUUCUGCACUCUCCCACUCCGAAGCAAAACACCUAGCUGACCUUCUCAACUCCAUGUUGAUCAGUAUCAUGGAGGAUAUGGAGAGGCCGGUUGGGUUAUUGGACAGCGUUUCGAUCAAACCCAACUCUGCCACCUCCGGGGUGUCUUCUGAAAACUACACGCCCCCGGUGAAGUUUCACGCCACUGGCAAUACCACCAAAGACAUCAUACAACAAACCAACUUAGCAGAGGUUACAGACUUCGACAUGGGACAGCUGUCAGAAAAGGAAAAGACGCUUCGUCAAGCCUGGAUAGAUGUCCUCGAGGUCAAUCCUAGUGCCGUUACUCAUUCAACCAGUCUUCGGUCACUGGGCAUCGACUCGUACCUUGCCAUCCAGAUACUGCGACGAGUGCAGGAUUUUGGAUUCAAGCUGAAGUUUGCGGAUGCUCUAUCCGGAAUGACCCUCGCGAGUAUGGCCGCUCGGCUCACGCCUACUAUCAUCCCUCGAGGUGAUGCGACACAAUCAUCUUUUGCAGCCACUGCGCUACUACCAACUGUCGGGGUUUCCAACAGCUCCUCUGCCUCGACCGAUGGUUCUGAUAACAACCUGUCAAGUGCCAACAACAGCUCCUAUUCUGAAGAAGAUACUUUAAGUGACAGUCGGAGUAGCGUCAUUGCCAAGCAAUCGGGUUCCGCACAAGUCCCUGCCGAAAGGAUUCCAUCUGGCGUCUUGAUCGAGCUAACAGCUGAUAAACUUCCACUCGCCACAGUUCUCGUCGAGCCAGUUCACUCCGCAGUAGCAGAAGCGGCCAAUGAGCUAGGAAAAGCUGCUAAUAAUCCUCGUGACUCGUUUGAGUUGGGUUGGGAAACGAUCGAAGGCCUCAUGCCCGCGACAUCUGUACAGGUAGCUAUGCUGGAGAGCCAGCAGCGUCUAUCAGUACCCAACCUCUAUGUGCCGCAGGCAAUUUGGAGAGUGAACGGGUUGACGAAGGCGGCCGGGAGUCAGGCGCUUAUCCAAGCAUGGCAGCGCGUAGUUGAUACGCAUGCUUGCUUAAGAACGGUGUUUGUGAGAACCUUCACAGGUGGAGACCGUGGUUACAGCCAACUUGUCUUGAAGAGUGUCGAUGCUUGUAUUCAACAGCUUGAGGCGAAGAGCGAGCAUGAUGCUCUAAAGCUCCUGGCUGACCACACACCUGCUGCUUUAGCUUUUGGUUCUGGGAACAGCCUGAGGCCUGCACACGUCUUGACGUUGUGCCACAUUACAGGCUCUGGAGAAGAUGUCACAGCUGAUCACCAAUUCAUCUUCGAUCUCAGCAUCAGUCACGCUCUAUCGGAUGCAGUAUCCUCCGCUGUCAUUCUUCGCCAGUUGGCGGUGAUAUGCGGUAGUGUCGCUAGUGACAGCAAAACGUUCAUGCCACUCCCCAGCAGCACUCCAUAUAGUGACAUCCAGCGCUCUCACGACCAGAGUAGCGACUCCUCUCACAGAGAAGGAGAGGAGUACUGGAAAGGCUACUUGAACACCCUACAGCCAUGUUAUUUCCCUAGUGGGGCGAAUACCUCAGCCACUCCCUUGGGCAGACUCGGGAAGGUUUCCGUCCAUUUUGAACGAUCUUCUGAAUUGAGAGACUACACCAUGAUGACAGGAAUAACGGCAUCCACUUUCUUCCGUACUGCGUGGGCCAUGGUAUUAGCCAAGUGGUUAGGCAGGACAGACGUAUGCUUCGGCUACGUCGUGUCUGGUCGAGACGCAUCAGUUCCAGGGAUCGAAGAGAUCGUGGGACCCGUUCUCAACAUCUUGCCAUGCAGAGCCAACGUCUCCAGCGCAAUGGAUGGUGAUUCGUGUCAAGAGCCUGCAGGAAAGAAGGAAGCGAAAGAAUUUGAGCUGCUUCUCGACCAGAUACAGGCCGAUCUUUUUGAAAGUCUGCCACAUCAGCUAAGUUCUUCAACAUUUGCUGACAAUUCCACUUCCCCUGAAACAUCCAUGUUCAACACUCUCGUCAAUUUUCGAAACAGCGGUCUCUCAAGAAUCUCCAAAGCAGAGAGGACGAUGUCAGGAGAUCACACGUCGAUGGGGACUGAGUCAGUGUUCAGCAAAAUCGAGGACUUCGAGGUGCUUUGGUAUGAGGAUCCAAUGGAUUUCGACAUUAUUCUAGCUGUCGGUGAAGGAAAAGACAAGCUUGAAAUUGACCUCAACUACUGGGAUGGAAGAAUCUCUCAUGAAACCGUUGACCAGGUGGUUCAAGAGUUGCUCCGUACAUUGCAUACCAUCUUGGAUACUUGUGGUGCUAUCGAGACAUAG